AUGGGCAAUGAGUACAACCCAUACUAUAUUAGAAUUCGAACUACUUUGGGAAUAGCUCUACAGGCAAUUCGCGAGGAACUUGUGGCAGCUUUAGGACCUGGUGCUCCAGCAUAUCGAACAGUUGCAAAGUGGGUCGAACGUUUCCGUGAAGGACGAAAAGAUGUCAAUGAUGAUGUUAUCAGCAACAAUCCGCAUUCAACUUAUGAUAAUAUUGUGGCUGAGACAUUUCUCUGUCAUUGUAUAGUUGAACGAAUUAUCCGUGAUCACCUCAAACUAAGAAAAGUUACAUCACGUUGGGUGCCCCAUCAACUAACUGCUGAACAAAAAGAAGAAUGA